AUGGACUUCUCUCAGUACGGCGGACCGUCAGAAGAAUGGUUGGCAGUGGAGAAGACACUGCCCGCGCGAACUUUCGACAUCUCGUUGGAUCCAAUCGUUCUGCGUAAUGCGGUCAAUUCUGAGCGAGAAGCACGCUCUGCAGAGGUGAAGCAAUUGUUCGCACCACAUGUCCAGACCAAAGAUCACGCCAUUCCGACCCGCGAUGGCUCAACCAUCGAAGCUCGAACCUAUCGAUCCGUGAAGAAGGAUGCAUCCGAGAAGCUUCCUGUAUACCUGUACUUCCACGGUGGAGGCUUCAUCUUCGGAUCGCUGAGUAGCGAGGACCCGCUAUGUGCGCAGACCGCGAUCAAGACUGGGGCUCUGGUGCUGAAUGUCAACUACCGCCAUACACCAGAACACAUCUUCCCAACCGCCUGGAAUGACACUCAUGACGCAUUCGUCUGGCUGCACAAGAACAUCGACAUGCUCGGAGGCGAUCCAUCCCGAGUCCUCGUCGGCGGCAUCUCAGCAGGCGGCAACCUAGCUGCUUCCCUGACUCUAGAGCAGCACCUUGGAAAGAGCGAAGACAUCGCAGGUUUACCCACAAUAGCCGGCCAGAUCCUAAUCAUCCCAAUGCUUGCCCACCCAGCUACCUACGAUCAAGGGCCAGGCAAGCUACUCAACCCCUCAACCUCAUCCUACGUUGAGAACGAAGAUGCACCGGUUUUGCCGAAGAAAACCAUCGACUUCUUUACCAAGCUGCUGAAGAUCGGGGAUGUAGAUCUCAAAGACACGAAGAUGAAUGUUGUCAAUGCGACGGAAGAGGAGGUCAGGGGUUUUCCUCCUACGGUGUUUGGUAUUGCUGGCUUGGACCCGCUGCGCGAUGAGGGGCUGUUGUUUGCGAAGAAGCUGUCCGAGGCUAAUGUUCCGACGUCUACUACGCUGUUCAAGGGCGUUCCGCAUGGUCAUAGGCGCUUUGGGAAAGCGUUGAAGGCGUCUGAGCAUUGGGAUCAGUGUGUUGAUGAGGGUAUACUUUGGGUGCUUUCGAAACCGGAGGCUACAGGGAAGUUCGAUCUCGGUGAAGAUCGAAUUCUCUCCAGAUCAGCUUGGUUUUCAAGAGGGUGGACUCUGCAAGAGCUAAUCGCCCCGCUCAAGUUGACUUUCUACGCAAAGAGCUGGAAAAAGAUCGGCACAAAAGCUGAUUCGUGCCAUCAAGUCUCUAUAGCCUCCAACAUUGAUGUGGAGGUCCUGAGAGACCGCGAAGCCAUCAGUGCUAUGGGCGUAUCGGAGAAGAUGUCGUGGGCGGCGAGCAGAGUCACAACGCGACCGGAAGACGAAGCGUACUCCCUAAUGGGUAUCUUUGGUGUGAAUAUGGCAACUUUGUACGGAGAGGGUAGAAGCAGCGCUUUCAGGCGACUACAACUCGAGAUCCUGCGGACAACUACGAACCAUGCGAGUAUCCACCCGGUCUAA